UUUUAUUGAGAGAGAGUUACGACCCGGCCGUAAAUAUGGUAACACAGGGUAUGUCCGCCAUGCGUGUUUUCAGCUGGCGGUGUGACGACACUAUCGGUUCUAUUUACGAGGUUUUUCAAUAACGUUAAUGUUAUAAUAUUUCAUUAUAACUUAACUUAUUAUAACUUAUAACUGUGUGGCGUUUUUUUUGUCCAAAAUGGCGACCGACAUGUCCAAGUAAUCUACAAAGGGUAGUUAUUAUUUUUAAUUUGUGGACAUUUGUGGCGAGGAGGAGUGUGGUUGAGUCUCUUCACGCUGAGCUGCCAUGGAGGGGUUGGAGGAGAAGCUCCAAGGUCUGUCCAUCGCCAGGCGGACUCGUUCAGAGGAACCCACCUACCUGCUGGACGUGGCCCUGCAGCCGGCGGGCCUGCUGGCCGUGUCCUGCUCCAACUUCACCAUCCACCUUCACAACAAGGACUCUCUGAACCCGGUGGGGGAGUACCGGGGCCACAGUGGGCCACUCUGCGGGGUUGUUUUCUCCCACGCCUCCCCUGACGUCCUCUACUCCGGUUCUGCUGAUGGGACGGUCCGGGGGUGGGACGUGCGGCGCCCCGGGACGGAGGCAGCCCAGGUGUUUCUCAGCGACCCGUCCCACAGCUACUGCAGCGUGGACCUGAGCUGCAGCGACGCGCUGCUGUGUGCCGGCACGGAGCAGGUCAACGAGGAGGACAGCUUCCUGGUCUUCUGGGAUGUCAGGAAGCCCGGUGGUGGGCUCCUCGGUGUGUAUUCUGAGUCCCACAGUGAUGACAUCACGCACGUGCGCUUCCACCCCCGAGAGAAGGACCGCCUGGCGUCCAGCUCCACGGACGGCCUCGUGAACGUGUUCGACCUGAGCCGGGGCGCGGAGGACGAGGCGCUGCUCGCCACCUGUAACAGCCACUCGUCUGCCGCCUCGGUGUGUUGGUGCGGCGCCGACUACACCCAGCUGCUGUGCCUCAGCCACGACGAGGGGCUGCACCUGUGGGAUCUGGGUCACCUGGACACAGACGAGCCCCUCACCGUCUUCAGCACUUCGGACGCCCGUGGCGUGGCUCUGCUGGCCGACGGGGGAGGCGUGGAUUACCUGGUGGGGGGCUGGUGGCUGGAGGGGGCCCAGAAGCUGCUGGUGGUCGGAGGGAAGAACAGCGGGGAUCUCCACCUGAUGGGCUGUGACGGGGGGGGGCUUCGCCUGCUCAGGACCCUGGAGGGCGGCCACGCCUCCACGGUGCGCUGCUUCCUGUGGGACGCGGCAGGAGAGGCUCUGGUGACCGGGGGUGAAGACGCUCAGCUGUUGCUGUGGAAACCGGGAGGGGAGGAGCUCACCGCAGGGAAAAGGAAGUCAAUGAAGUCCGAAUCCGCUUUGAGCCUCAAAUCCAGACCGCAUAAAAAACACGGCUACCAGAAAGAAAAGAAGGAAGCAAGACAAAAUACUGCGUGAGUCCUAGUAGCCUGACAUUAAGUCCUCUGAAUACCCGCUCCGAUGGACACGUCUCAGCGUGUCUGUCCCCUGUGGACGGAGGUGCUCUGUAGAGAUGGAACUGUUCCAAAUGAGGCUGUGC